AUGUCCGAUACCACUCAGCCCGGAAGCAAAGUCAGAAAAUGGGGCUAUUCAUUUACCUGGACCGAAGAGCACCUGCCUAGAGAGCAGACAGACCCGUUGCAGUUCGAAUCUGACCAACUAGGCGAUGCAGCACUUGAAAGUCUUCAAGCGAUAGAGAGAGCCAUUCAUGAGAAAGCCAAAGCACAAGGAGACAAGCCACCUAGCCGUGAUAUCUAUGCCACCCUCCAAGAACAUCAUGACGAUGAUGAAGUCCUACGUCAGUUCUGGGGUCAGACUCACGCCGUCCCUGACUGGGUUGACUGGAACCAGAUAGAACGGGGCCAGAAGUAUUUCUCUCGCUAUGCAUUGGCGAAUUUGCUUGGGUUUGGUUUGCAGGGUUUUGUCGCUGAGAAUUCCGCAUCUGUCCGCGUUGUUGAAGUCCUUGUUCGGACUGGAGGGUUUUCAACCAUGAAGUUAUUAAAGCGGCUGCUAGAAACUUUCCAGUGGCUCGUUCAAGUCACUGAUAGCCUACCCGCAAUUCAACCUGGAGGAAGUGCCCAUAUUGCGACAAUUCGUGUGAGACUGCUUCAUGCUUCAGUCCGACAACGGAUGAGAAAGGUAGCCGCCGAGCACCCGAAAUACUAUGACAUGCAGCGCUUUGGUCUCCCGCUCAAUACUCUCGAUUCAAUUCAUUCAAUUAGCACAUUCUCUUGCAGUCAGAUGUGGAUGCAACUACCGCGACUUGGAGUCUUCCCAACCAAGCAAGAGAAAGAGGACUAUGUUGCGCUGUUUAAAUACAUUGCGUACCUUCUUGGGACGCCACAUUCAUAUUUUGAAGACACCGAGAAAGCAAGAAAGCUUAUGGAGAGUUUGUAUGUGCAUGAGUUGAAGGUGACUGAUACCUCAAACACUGUUGCGCACAACUUCAUGGAAUGCGUGUCCAAUCUUCCUUGGCCAUUCUAUAUCUCUCGGUCAUUUAUUGAAGCAGGCAGUCGGUGGAUCAAUGGACAUGAGCUAUGUGAUCAACUAGGUCUUGGGAGGCCAGGAUAUUUUUACUAUGUUAUCUUUGCGGGACAAUGUCUCCUUUCUAUUGAGUUGGCUUGGGCUCAGCGCAUGUUUCCAUUCUUAGAUGCGCUUGUUGUCAAGGGAUUUCGAUCACUGAUGUAUGACGGACUCGUUGAACGAAAGGAUCGAGCACGCUUCGCAAUGGAAUGGGUCCCCAAGCUUGGAAAGCAAACAGGCAAGGAAGACCACACGAAAAAUUCCAACAAGGGGCGACUGUCGCUUGGUAACGUCCAGAGCUUGGCACCAAUUGGCCUUAUUGAAGGCGGGUUUUUGGGCGUGAUUUUGGGUCAUCUUCUCCUUGUUUUGGCGACAGUCAGGUUGUUCUCGUAG